ACGAUAACAAUGGUUGAUGUCGCAAUCUUCAAUACUCGAGUAAAUUAAAAAGAAAAAUAGAAUAUUGUCAGAAUAUUUUCGUAAUUUCAAUGCGGCGUUCAAAGAGCUCGGCGUUAAGUGGCGUUGGUUCGAAUGGAAAUGCUGUCCCAAAGUUACUAAGAGAAUUACAUCAACUCGUACAUCAGAUCCAGGAUGAAAGAAUUAAGAAUGAGCAUACACUUACAAAUAUUUCAAAGACACAUGAACGAAUGAAAUCAGAGGCUAAAGUGUCAUCAUAUUUUAAAAGUAAACUUAAAGGCCUUUAUGGAGCUGCCAUUGCUGAUUGUGAAGCAGAAGCUGAAUUGAUCCGAAAAGCCACAGAUAAAAUUGCCAACAUUCAGGCUUUGACUAAUGAGGGCCAAGGACGUAACCAUGUUGAUGGUGGUAGUGGAUUAGACAUUGAGCCCACGAGAAAACCAGGAAUGAGACGCGGUGUACUCAUGAGUAUACUGCAGCAAAAUGCUGCUCAGUUGCCUAUGUUCAUGGGAAAAGCUUCAGAAAAUGUACCUUCUUUGUGUGGUUCGAUUCCAGCUUCGUCAAAUCACGCUCCUGGCCCUGGAGAUCACGUUGCUGCGCGAGUGCGAACACCAGAUGGAGAAGAGCAGUGGAUUUUGGCUGAGGUUGUUGCGUUUAAUUCUUCCACGAACAAAUAUGACAUUGAUGAUAUUGACGAAGAAGGAGGAAAUAAGAAAGAACGACACCAUUUAAGCAGAAGACGAUUUAUUCCGCUGCCAAAAAUGAAAGUUAACCCACUGACACAUAAACAAGCUUUAUUCCAAAAGCAAGAACUGGUUCUUGCUUUGUAUCCACAAACAACAUGUUUCUAUCGUGCGUUGAUUCAUGAGCCACCAUCGAGGCCUCAAGAUGACUAUUCCGUGCUGUUUGAGGACACUUCGUAUCCAGAUGGCUACUCGCCACCAUUAUGCGUUCCACAGCGAUAUGUCGUCACACCGAAAGAGAAUAAACGAAGAUGAAAAACGACGAAUUAUAAGCAACGAAAUUUAUCUAGAGUUUACAAACGCAUACUUUAAUAAUUAUAUUAUUUAUUCAUGAUGUUCUUUAAUGAAACGGUAUAAAACUUUCAAAAAAUGUUGUUUUACAUAUAUUGAACAUUUAUUCAACAUUAUUAUCACUGCCCUUUUGCAGUUUUUUUCAGAAAACCUGUCGAGUCAGGCAUUGUUGUUCUUUAAUAUAAAUAAUUGUCAAAACAUUUCUUCACGCCAAUGCCGGGUAAGAAAAAUUCAAAUAAUAAAUUACAAAGUGAA